AUGUCCGGCACCUCCCCUUCGUCCACUUCCAAAGAGGCCCAAACAACACCGGCAGCCGCAGCCGCCGCAGCCGCCUCGAGUUCCCCCUCGUUGGACCAACUCCCGGCCUUGCACGAGGACGACGAGUUUGAGGAAUUCGCUUCACAGGGUCAGCCAUACCCCCUCACCCUUGCUCUCCAUACCGUCCCUGAUCAUCCCGUUAUAUUUCGUGUCCAGAUUGGGAUGACUCGGCGACGUACUCGAACGUCCUCGCAUCCAAAUCCGCCCAGACAGCUGCCGGCGGGCCAGCAGCAGCAACAGCAACAGCAGCGGCAGGAACGGAGGCGCAACAACAGCAGCAGAAACAAGGGCUCGAUUCGCUGUGGCAGGACAACUGGGACGACGAUGACGUCGAGGAUGACUUUUCCGUCGCGCUCAGGUGAGUCCAGUGCCAGGCGGAAAGGGGAUCAUGCAAUGGAGGUGAGGUGGGCGCGACACUUGUGCGUUCGCGUGCUGAUCGGCUUGGUCGUUUUCCGGGUGUCACAGGGAACAAUUGAGGAAACAGGAUCAGAUGCAGCUGUAG